AUGGCAUCGGAGAAAUUAAUGCCAUCAGGAGGGAACGGUAGUUAUCAUUACGCAACAAUGCAAUCCGAAGCUUCCACGUCCAUGUCAUCCUUCUUCAAUCUUCAAAACCCGCCGGAAGCUAGCCGCAUUUUCGAUGAGCUUCCAAAGGCUACAAUCGUUCAAGUUUCUCGUAGUCAUGAUGCCGGUGAUAUUAGUCCCGUCCUCCUUACCUACACUAUUGAUUUCCAAUACAAACAGUUCAAGUGGCAACUAGUGAAGAAGGCUUCACAUGUAUUUUAUUUGCACUUUGCAUUGAAGAAACGAGCCAUUAUUGAAGAAAUUCAUGAAAAACAAGAACAGGUCAAAGAGUGGCUUCACAACAUAGGAUUAAUGGAUCAUGCAGCGGUUGUUCAUGAUGAUGACGACGAUGAACCUGAUGAUGAUGUAACACCGACGGCACACAACGAGGAAAGUGUCAGAAACAGAGAUGUUCCAUCAAGAGCAGCAUUGCCAAUGAUUAGGCCACCACUUAGCAGACAACAUUCCAUGUCAGACCGUGCCAAGACAGCAAUGCAGGGCUAUUUGAACCAUUUUCUUGGCAACUUGGAUAUUGCAAACUCAAGAGAGGUUUGUAGGUUUAUGGAGGCUUCAAAGUUAUCUUUUUGUCCUGAAUAUGGGUCUAAGCAUAAAGAAGAAUAUGUGUUUGUGAAACAUUUACCAAAACUUCCAGGCAGUGGUGACAGUAGAUUAUGUUCCAUUUGUCCUUGGUUAAACUGCUGUAAUGACAAUUGGCAACAGGUUUGGGCUGUUCUGAAACCUGGAUUCUUGGCCCUGCUAAAAGAUCCAUUUGACAAAGACCCUUUAGAUAUCAUUGUUUUUGAUGUUCUACCUUCACCACAUGGGACUGGAGAAGGUCGGGUGGCAUUAGCAACUGAAGUUAAUGAUCUUAACCCACUACGCCAAUCAUUUGAGGUAUUAAGUGGGAACAGAAGAAUAACAAUCAGAAGUAGAACUAAAGCUAAAGUUAAAACCUGGGUGGCUGCAAUCAAUGAUGCGGGGCUCCGGCCUCCUGAGGGUUGGUGUCACCCUCAUCGUUUCGGGUCAUUUGCUCCACCACGAGGCUUGACCGAUGAUGAUAGUCAGGCUCAGUGGUUCGUUGAUGGUAGUGCAGCUUUUGAAGCAAUUGCUUUAGCAAUUGAAGAGGCAAAAUCAGAGAUUUUUAUGUGUGGCUGGUGGCUGUGCCCGGAUCUUUACUUGCGGCGUCCUUUUCAUGCCAAUGCAUCCUCUCGCCUUGAUAGUUUACUAGAGGCAAAAGCCAAGCAAGGUAUCCAGAUUUAUAUCCUGAUGUACAAAGAGCUUGCUCUUGCGCUUAAAAUUAAUAGCUUUUAUAGUAAGAAAAAGCUAGCUGCUCUUCAUGAGAAUAUCAGAGUUUUACGUUACCCUGACCAUUUCUCUAGUGGUGUCUAUCUAUGGUCCCAUCAUGAGAAAUUAGUGAUUAUUGAUUAUGAGGUUUGCUUUAUUGGUGGACUUGAUCUUUGCUUUGGUCGUUAUGACUCAUAUGAGCACAAAGUCGGUGAUCACCCUGCUAUGAUAUGGCCUGGAAAGGACUAUUAUAACCCAAGGGAAUCGGAACCUAAUUCGUGGGAAGAUACUAUGAAAGAUGAGCUGAAUCGUGAAAAAUAUCCUCGUAUGCCUUGGCAUGAUGUCCAUUGCGCCUUAUGGGGACCACCAUGUCGUGAUAUUGCUCGACACUUUGUUCAGCGUUGGAAUUAUGCAAAGAGAAGUAAAGCUCCAAAUGAGCAAACAAUUCCGCUGCUAAUGCCCCAACAACACAUGGUUAUCCCACAUUACAUGGGUAGUAGCAGUAAAGAAGAAGGAGAAGAAGAAGAAGAAGGAAAGCCAGAAACCGUAGACACACCAAGAGUAAUCAACAGAGAGGAUUCUUUUCCCUCCUUAUCUACAUUUCAAGAAAUUCCGCUAUUAAUUCCACAAGAAGCCGAAGGGCUUGAAGCUUCCAGUGGACAUUUGAAACAGAAUGUGGCUACUAUAGCCCACAAUUCUCAUGGUCAGCCAAGCAGGCCGCCACGGGCUCCUUUUUCUUUUCGAAAAUCCAGAUUCAUUGCCGACACGCCAAUGACAGGGUUUGUGGAUGACCAAUAUACCUCAAAUCAUAAGCACAGGAAUUCCAAUAAAUCUGGCGAUAGAGAAUGGUGGGAGACUCAGGAACGCGAUAACUUGGUAGUUUCAGCGGAUGAAACAGGACAGGUUGGUCCUCGUGUCACAUGUCGAUGCCAGGUUAUAAGGAGUGUGAGUCUGUGGUCGGCCGGAACAAGUCGAGUUGAAGACAGUAUUCACAAUGCUUAUUUUUCUCUAAUUGAAAGAGCAGAACACAUGGUUUACAUUGAGAACCAAUUUUUCAUCUCGGGUCUUUCUGGAGAUGAGAUCAUACGAAAUCGUGUAUUGGAAUCUUUGUACAAGCGUAUUCUGCGUGCCUAUAAUGAAAAUCAGUGUUUUAGGGUCAUCAUUGUUAUACCCUUAUUGCCUGGAUUUCAGGGUGGACUAGAUGAUGGUGGUGCAGCAUCUGUAAGAGCUAUUAUGCACUGGCAGUAUCGUACAAUAUCAAGAGGUCCCAAUUCUAUAUUGCAUAAACUCUCUGAUCGUCUUGGUCCCAAAGUUCAUGACUACAUAUCUUUUUAUGGUCUCCGGGCUUAUGGUAGAAUUUCUAAUGACGGGCUUGUGGCCUCCAGCCCGGUUUAUGUGCAUAGUAAGAUAAUGAUAGUAGACGAUAACACAGCCUUGGUUGGGUCAGCUAACAUCAAUGACAGGAGUUUACUUGGAUUACGUGACUCUGAGAUUGGAGUACUUAUUGAAGAUAAAGAGGUUGUGGAGUCUUAUAUGGGUGGGAACCCAUGGAAGGCUGGAAAGUUUGCCUUGAGUCUUCGUCUUUCGCUAUGGUCUGAACAUCUUGGUCUUAACAGUAGUGAGAUUUAUAAGAUAGCCGACCCGGUGAUUGAUUCUACCUACAAUGAGAUAUGGACGGAGACUGCAAAGUCAAAUACGAUGAUCUACCAAGAUGUCUUCUCUUGCAUCCCUAAUGAUCGUAUACAAUCCAGGUACUAUCUGCCUUCCCUACCCCCCAAUAAUAGAAGGAUAUGCACACACAAUUGUUUCUCAUUUAUCAGUUCAGUCGUGGUCUGUAAGUUCCAUCUCAUUUACAAGCUUUGUAAACUCAUACACAGAGCAUCUUUGAGGCAAUGCAUGGGUGAAUUGAAGGGAAAACUAGGGCAUACUACUAUUGAUCUAGGAAUAGCUCCAAAGAAGAUGGAAUCACAUAUAGAUGGAAAAGUCUCGGGCACUGAUCCGAUGGCUAGAUUAGAGGGUGUGAGGGGGCACCUUGUCUCUUUCCCCAUGGAUUUUAUGUGCAAAGAAGAUUUAAGACCGGUGUUCAAAGAAAGUGAGUAUUAUGCAUCACCGCACGUUUUCCAUUAAACGGUCAUGCUGCCAAGUAAUCAGAAAGCCAUUUUUGUUCCUUUUCCUGUAUCGGAUUUGUGGGAAAUUAGAUAGAAGAACAUAAGAUACAUACAUCACAUUCAUUUUGGAUAUGGAUAUAAUUGUAUAGAGCCCAUCCAUCUAUAAUGGAUAUAACAUUUAUAAUGGGGAAAAAAGAAGAGGUAAAAAGAAACUGAUUACUGUCAGAUAGUAUUACUGAAGCUACUGAUGCAUGAAAAUGUGGUUAGAUAUAAGGCUGUAAAUGAUAUGCAACUGGUCCUAAAAGCAGUACGUACACCAUGUUGGCUAAUGGCUACUGUUGGGUGGUGAAGAAUUGAAAUCAUUGCCUUGUCGGACAUUUAUUGGCGCCAUUUUCUCUACCAAUUCUGGCCAACUUUUUUCCAGUUGUUACAUCUAUAUAUAUACACUUUACGCUUAACAUAGUUCCACAGUAUGCAUUCAAUUGCUUGUACAUGCUAUAAAUGACGACAACAAAAAAAGUUAUGUGCUCUGUGAGCACCUCUCUUACCGAAAAGUCAUGUAGUUUACUACUUUGUAGAGAAAUAACACUGUUAGAAGUGUAAUAAGAUUAUAAAUGCUUUUAAUUAUGCAUA